AUGGUUGGUAGGGCUGAAGAAGACGCAGAGAAGGCAGUCUUGAGGCAGAUUCUCAAGAUGCAGUGGGAUACAUGGGGGCUCCUGGCUCGAGAGGAGGCCGCCCUGAUCAAGCCCUUGGGCCAGGCUGAGAUGGAGGGUCAAGGAACGAAUGCAUCCAAGCCCCUCAGACAGCGGAAGCGGGCCGGUAGGAUGGACAUUGCAUGUGGCGCAGCUGACAUGGCCGAAGCGGUGAAUCAAGCCGAGACAUAG